AUGUCCACCCGUUUCCACCGAGCAGCUGCAGACGGCAACCUGGAAUUACUCAAAGAAGCCACUCGGAAGGACCUCAACAUCGCCGAUGCGGAUGGCAUGACCCCCACUCUGCUGGUGGCAUACCAUGGCAACGUCGAAGCUCUGGAGAUCGUUUGCAGGAGGGGGAUUUGUGGAAACAGCACAAGGUUGGAAGAGGGCGGUGAGAACUUCACCAAACAGCAAGAGGAAGAAGCACCGCCAUUCCCCCGCUCGCUUUUACACCAGCGGGUCGCCCGUCUGAAGGCACAGGCCCAACAGGAGGUGCAGCGACAGGUCCGCCUGUGUGAGAGACGCCAGGAGAAGCACCAGCUGGAGAUGACCAAGCAGUUCAAGAAAGGAUCCCUCCAGUUGAGUCACAACUCCACCACCAGGACAAAAGUCUCUCAGUUCUUCGCCAGCGGCUCCCUCAGUGACGUCCCCAAGCAGUUGAAGGACACCUUCAAACUGAGGAACAGAAAGAAAGAGGAGAACAGCACCGCCAGGAGCGGUGGAGCCGAGGAGGAGGGCGUCGCUGGAGAAACAGCCAUGAUGGGUUCACCUUGUGAGAAGGAUCUAGAAGACCUGAUGUGUGGCUUUCAAAAGAAAAUUGGCUUUUCUGAAGAUGGGGAGGAGUCAGGACACAGGUCUAUUUUCAACCGCCCGGGUCUUGGCAACCUCGUCUUUAGAAGCCAGAAGACGGAGACCUUGCUUCCCGAGAAAGAGGACCGGGCCUUUCAAAUUCCGGAGCUCUUUCAACUCAAGGAGGCCCUUGGUGAUUCAGACAAUGAGGAUGACCCUGAAGUUUCCUGGAUGGAAGAAGCCGUUGGGUGGGAUGAGGACAAAGAAGAAGCUCCUCCCCUUGAAGUGUUCCUGGUCGCCCAUCAUCUCCACGAAUUUCUCCCCAUCCUGAUGAGCGAAAACAUCGAUUUGGAAAGCCUGAUGCUUUGUUCCGACGAAGAUCUGCAGAGCAUCCAGAUGCAGCUAGGCCCCCGCAAGAAAGUUCUCCAGGCAAUCAGCAAAAGGAAGCUAGCUUUGGAAAAGCCAGGCCUAGUCAAGGAUACCCAAUUAUAA